AGGUCGGGGACACACACCAGCGCAGGGAGGGAAUAUUAAAGAGGGGAGAGAGAGAGAACAGAGAGGGGGUGAGAAUCGUGAGUUCGCGCUGCUACGUCAAUGGCGGUUAGGGUUUCCUGUUGAUCCCCCGAAACUUAAUUUCCUUGUCGUAGUACUUUUCGCUCAUUCACCUUCUCAAAACCCUAAUUUGAAUACCCCCGAGAUUCAGUAUCUCCGCGUUUGCUUUCAAUUUUGAAUUACACAAGAAGGAGCAGUGAUGGGCGCGCCGGAGAAACCACAGGCCAGCAAUAAUUCGAUGCAGCGUGUCAAGGUCUACCGGCUGAAUGAUGAUGGAAAAUGGGAUGACCAGGGUACUGGGCAUGUCACUGUUGAUUAUUUGGAGCGGUCUGAAGAGCUGGCUUUGUUUGUUUUGGAUGAAGAAGACAAUGAGACCAUACUUUUGCAUCGCAUCAGUUCUGAUGAUAUUUAUAGGAAGCAAGAAGAUACGAUCAUCUCAUGGAGAGAUCCUGAGUAUAAUACAGAACUAGCGCUUAGUUUUCAAGAGACCAGUGGCUGCUCUUAUAUAUGGGACCAUAUUUGCAGUGUACAAAGGAAUAUGCAUUUCAAUACUCUAAAUAGUGAGGCAUAUCGUAGCGUAAGCAGCGAGUUAAGUGAGCUGCCUGCUGUUGAGCUAUCCACUCUUCCUUUGAUUCUUAAGACGGUGGUUGAAAGUGGCAUUGCAGAUCAGAUGCGUCUCACAGAAUUGUUAUUGAACGAUCAAGACUUCUUUCGAAAGCUGAUGGAACUAUUCAGAGUUUGUGAAGACUUGGAAAAUAUGGAUGGCCUUCACAUGAUUUUCAAAAUAGUCAAAGGGAUCGUUUUGCUCAAUAGUCAGCAGAUUUUUGAAAGAAUAUUCGGUGACGAAUAUGUAAUGGACAUUAUUGGUGCCCUUGAGUAUGAUCCAGAAGUUCCUCAUGUUCAAAACCAUCGAACUUUCUUAAAAGAGCAUGUUGUUUUUAAGGAGGCCAUACCUAUCAAAGAUCCUCUUGUGUUGUCAAAGAUACACCAGACAUACAGAGUUGGUUAUUUGAAGGAUGUAGUUCUUGCUAGAGUAUUGGAUGAGGCUACAGUUGCAAAUCUCAACUCCAUAAUACACGGAAAUAAUGCCCUUGUUGUUUCUUUGUUAAAGGAUGAUAAUACAUUUAUUCAGGAGUUGUUUGCAAGGUUAAACUCUCCCACCACUUCUCCAGAGUCUAAAAAAAAUUUGGUCUAUUUCCUGCAUGAAUUCUGUACCCUAAGCAAGAGCUUGCAGAUGGUCCAGCAGCUUCGUCUAUUUAGGGAUCUGAUGAAUGAAGGCGUCUUUGACAUUAUCACUGAUAUUUUGCAAAGUGAAGACAAGAAGCUUGUGCUAACUGGAACAGAUAUCCUCAUUCUUUUUUUGAAUCAGGAUCCUGCCAUUCUUAGAACUUAUGUUGUUCGACAGGAAGGAAUCACACUCCUAGGACUGUUGGUUAAAGGAAUGAUAACAGAUUUUGGAGAUAACAUGCAUUGCCAGUUUCUUGAGAUUCUUCGCAGUUUAUUGGACUCUUGCACGUUAUCUGGAGCCCAGAGGGACACUAUUAUUGAUAUCUUCUAUGAGAAGCAUUUGGGGCAACUGAUCGAAGUAAUAGCAGCAUCAUGUCCUUCUGUUGCUCGUGCAAGUAGCAAUUCAGUGGAUCCCAGUCAAAGGGUCAAGUGUCGGAUGGAAACAAAACCAGAGAUAUUAUCAAACAUAAGCGAAUUAUUAUGCUUUUGUGUGCUGCAUCACCCAUACAGGAUAAAAUGCAACUUCCUUUUGAACAAUGUGAUUGACAAAAUUUUGCUUUUGACACAAAGAAGGGAGAAAUACUUAGUUGUUGGUGCUGUUCGAUUUGUUCGUACUAUCCUCUCUCGUCAUGACGAGCAUCUGAUAAAUCAUUUUGUUGGGAACAACCUUCUCAAACCAAUUGUAGAUGCUUUUGUUGACAAUGGCCAUCGCUACAAUCUGCUAAACUCUGCAGUUCUAGAACUUUUUGAGUAUAUCCGGAAGGAGAAUCUAAAAUUGUUGGUGAAAUAUUUAGUUGAUUCUUUCUGGCCUCAGCUUGAGAAAUUUGAGUAUUUGGCUUCCAUUCAAUCACUGAAAGUAAAAUAUGAGCAGUGUUUAGAUAACGGGGGGCCAAAAAGUACUGUUAAUGUGACUGAUCCCCGGAGACGAAUUGAUGAACGGGCUCUAGAGAAAGAAGAGGAAGACUACUUCAACGAGGACAGUGAUGAGGAAGACACAGCUUCUGCAUCCGUUUCCCACAAUCAGAAAGGACAGCCACAGCAAUCUAAUUCAUCUAAUGGUUCUGCAAGCGUCUCACAGACAAGGUCUGGUGGUCUAGUAGACUAUGAUGAUGAUGAGGAUGAUGAGGAUUACAAGCCACCGCCAAGGAAGCCAGAAGCUUCGGAUGAAGAUGAAGGGACUAUGGAGUCUCUCAGGCUAAAACGGAAAUUGCCUCCCAAAGACAGAGAAGCCGAGCAUGUGAAGAAGCAGAAGUGGUUCAAGUAUCCAAAGUCUAAAGAUGGUGUUUUUUCUGCCCUAUGUUCAACAACACUGAGCCAGGCCGUGCUUCCUGCUAAGAAAACUGCAAUCAACGUACAUGGUAGUCCUGACGCAGCUGAAGGGAGAAUGAGCUCUAGUGACAACAGUGAAGAAAAGGCAUCAAGUGCUCCUAGAAACUCUUCAGAUAAUAACAGCGCAACCGCUGAAGUGAAUCAUGUAGAGGAAGAAACUACUGCCUCGAGGAACUGUUCUGAUCACUUGCAUGGCAACGAAGAUAAUAGACAGUUGGAUGGUGAGGAACGUCAACUGGUGCCACCAAAUUCCUCACCGGAGAUGGCUGUAAAUGGAUCAUAAGUAGUAUUUGGAACCAUGUACAACAAGGCACGGAUAGUCUAUUCUAUUAUGACGUGGAUUUGCUAGUGAGCUGACUGCCAAAGCAAGAGCUUUGAGACGACGAAGGACAAGGGACAUGGGGGAAAUGUCGCUAGGUACCAUACCGCCAAAGAGGAUCACGAGGAGAUAACAUAGCGUGGCACCUAAGAGGCGGGGAAGAUAUUAAUGCCAUCAACUUGGAUCUUAUCCUCUCCUCCGGCUCCUUGUCUAGUAAUUUCUUGCUUUUUUGUAUAACAUUCAUCAGCAUUAAUUUUCAUCUUUUCUUUUUCUUUCC